AUGUCUGCUGUCCCAAGUGUCCAAACUUUCGGUAAGAAGAAAUCUGCCACUGCCGUUGCCCACGUUAAGGCCGGUAAAGGUUUAAUCAAGGUUAACGGUUCUCCAAUCACCUUGGUCGAACCAGAAAUCUUGAGAUUCAAAGUCUACGAACCAUUAGUAUUGGUUGGUUUGGACAAAUUCGCCAAGAUUGACAUCAGAGUCAGAGUCACCGGUGGUGGUCACGUCUCCCAAGUUUACGCUAUCAGACAAGCUAUCGCCAAGGGUUUGGUCGCUUACCAUCAAAAAUACGUUGACGAACAAUCAAAGAACGAAUUGAAGAAGGCUUUCACCUCUUACGACAGAACCUUGUUGAUCGCUGAUUCCAGAAGACCAGAACCAAAGAAAUUCGGUGGUAAAGGUGCUCGUUCUAGAUUCCAAAAGUCUUACCGUUAA